UGUUGUUAUUUGUGUGGGGCGCAGUGCGUGGUGCAGUCGUACCUGCGGUGGCUGCAGGACAGCGACUACGACCCCAACUGCCCCCUCUGCCGCACCGCCCUCGCGGGGGGAACCCUCCGACUCAUCUGCUAUGACGUGGUGCACUGGCGCUGCCUGCGCUCCCACUGCCGCUCUCUGCCGCCCCGCACCGCCCCCGCGGGGUUCCGCUGCCCGACGUGCGCCGCUCCUCUCUUCCCGCCCCCGGAUACGCGCGGUCCCGUGGCGGACGCUCUCCGCUCCCGAUUGGCCGCCGCCUCCUGGGCCCGCCCCGGCCUCGGCCUCCCAUUGAUGAGGACGCGGACGCCGACCCCGAAACAUCGGACAGCGAAUGUGGGGGGGGACGGCGGCGGUGAGCGGCCCCAAAAACCCAAAGGACCCCAAAGGACCCCAAUGACCCCAAAGGACCCAAAUCCUCCAAUGACCCCAAAGAACCCCAAUG